AUGGCCAAAGCACCAGCAGUCGGUAUUGAUCUGGGCACUACCUACUCAUGCGUAGGCGUGUUCCAGCACGGCAAAGUAGAGAUCAUCGCAAACGACCAGGGCAACAGGACCACACCCAGCUAUGUUGCCUUCACAGACACAGAGAGGCUGAUUGGAGACGCCGCAAAGAACCAAGUUGCCCUUAACCCGACAAACACUGUGUUCGAUGCAAAGCGACUCAUCGGCAGGCACUUUAAUGAUGGUGUGGUCCAAUCUGACAUGAAGCACUGGCCCUUCACAGUCAUUGAUGAUAACACGCGGCCCAAAGUCAAGGUGGAGUACAAAGGUGAGACCAAGACCUUCUUCCCUGAGGAGAUCUCCUCCAUGGUGCUCCUUAAAAUGAAGGAGAUUGCAGAGGCCUACCUCGGAAAGCCCGUAACCAACGCUGUGGUGACCGUCCCAGCCUACUUCAACGACUCUCAGCGUCAGGCCACCAAAGAUGCCGGAAUCAUCUCCGGACUCAAUGUUUUGCGUAUCAUCAACGAACCAACAGCUGCAGCUAUUGCUUACGGACUGGACAAAAAGGCCGCAGCUGUCGGCUCUGAAAGGAACGUCCUCAUUUUCGACUUGGGUGGCGGCACUUUCGAUGUUUCUGUCUUGGCCAUCGAGGACGGCAUCUUCGAGGUGAAGUCAACGGCGGGUGACACUCACCUGGGCGGCGAGGACUUCGACAACCGUAUGGUCAACCACUUCAUCGCCGAGUUCAAGCGCAAGCACAAGAAAGACAUCAGCGAAAACAAGCGUGCCGUGCGGCGUCUGCGUACGGCUUGCGAGAGGGCCAAGCGCACGCUGUCGUCUAGCUCGCAGGCCAGUAUCGAGAUUGACUCUCUCUUCGAGGGCGUUGACUUCUACACGUCCAUCACAAGGGCCCGCUUCGAGGAACUCAACGGAGACUUGUUCCGUGGCACCCUUGAGCCUGUGGAAAAGGCUCUGCGGGACGCCAAGCUAGAGAAGGCCGCGAUUCACGAAAUUGUCCUGGUUGGAGGUUCCACUCGAAUUCCCAGGAUCCAGAAGCUUCUGCAGGACUUUUUCAACGGCAAAGAACUCAACAAGAGCAUCAACCCUGAUGAGGCUGUGGCUUAUGGUGCAGCUGUGCAAGCGGCCAUCCUUUCCGGCGACAAGUCUGAGAAUGUUCAGGACCUGCUGCUGCUGGACGUCACCCCCUUGUCUCUGGGCAUCGAGACUGCCGGCGGUGUCAUGACUGCGCUAAUCAAGAGGAACACCACCAUCCCCACCAAGCAAAUGCAGGUGUUCACCACCUACUCUGACAACCAGCCCGGUGUGCUCAUUCAGGUGUUUGAGGGUGAAAGAGCCAUGACCAAAGACAACAACAUUUUAGGGAAAUUUGAGCUGACGGGAAUUCCCCCGGCCCCUCGAGGCGUUCCCCAAAUUGAAGUGACCUUCGACAUCGACGCCAACGGUAUCUUGAAUGUCAGCGCAUCAGACAAGAGCACUGGCAAGGAGAACAAGAUCACCAUCACUAACGACAAAGGGCGUCUGAGCAAGGAUGACAUUGACCGCAUGGUGCGCGAGGCAGAGCAGUACAAAGCGGAGGAUGACGUGCAGAGGGAGAGGGUGGCGGCCAAGAAUGCUCUGGAGGCGUACGCCUUCAACAUGAAAUCCACCAUGGAGGAUGACAAGCUGAAGGACAAGAUCAGCGAGGAUGACAAGAAAAAAAUUAUGGACAAGUGCAACGAGGUCAUCAACUGGCUUGACAAGAACCAGUCUGCUGAGAAAGAUGAGUUUGACCACCAACAGAAGGAGCUGGAGAAGAUUUGUAACCCCAUCAUGACCAAGUUGUACCAGGGAGCCGGGGGCAUGCCAGGCGGCAUGCCAGGUGGAGGGGCUUUCCCUGGAGCGGGUGGAGCCCCUGGUGCUGGGGCAGGUUCUGGACCCACCAUUGAGGAAGUGGAUUAG